GCAGGUGUGGGGGUGGUGAUCGUCGAGGCUGGUGGUGGGAGAGUGAGUCUUCCUGGCUGCUGGUGUUGUCCCAUAGUGACGUAAGAACCAGUGUCAGGACCACCCCAUGUCUGAGCACCGCCAGCCGAAAUGCUCGUCAAGGAAUUUCGAGUUAUCCUGCCACUCACAGUAGAGGAGUAUCAAGUGGCACAGCUGUAUAGUGUAGCUGAGGCCAGUAAAAAUGAAACUGGAGGUGGGGAAGGAGUAGAGGUUCUUAAGAAUGAACCUUUUGAAAACUAUCCACUCUUAGGUAAUAGAUUCAGUAGUGGCCAGUACACCUACAAAAUUUACCAUCUUAAAAGUAAGGUUCCAGCAUUUAUUCGACUUCUGGCACCAGAGGGAUCGCUAGAGGUCCAUGAAGAAGCUUGGAAUGCAUACCCCUACUGUAGAACCAUUAUUUCGAAUCCAGGUUAUAUGAAGGAAGGAUUUUACAUCUCAAUAGAAACCCUUCAUGCCCCAGGGGAUGGUGAAAUGGAGAACAAUCCUGGCUAUAUGAAGAAAAACUUUAUCAUUAGCAUUGAGACACUUCAUGUUGCUGACAUGGGAACAAUGGAGAAUGCACAUGAACUGUCGGGGGAAAAACUGAGACUGCGGGAGGUAGUACCCAUUGACAUAUCCAACGACCCUGUAAAGACUGCGGACUACAAACCAGAUGAAGACCCAACCAAGUUUAAAUCUGAGAAGACUGGUCGAGGGCCUCUACAAGGCCCUGAGUGGUGGAAAAAGUGUGAUCCUGUGAUGACAUGUUACAAGCUUGUAACUUGUGAGUUCAAAUGGUUUGGGCUACAAACUCGUGUGGAGAAGUUCAUUCAAGAUGUUGAACGUAGACUUUUCACAAAUUUCCAUAGGCAAGUAUUUUGCUGGAUGGAUCGAUGGCAUGGAAUGACAAUGGAAGAUAUUCGUCGAUUAGAAGAUAAAACUAAGCAAGAACUUGAUAAACAAAGACAAGUGGGUGAAGUGCGAGGUACAAGGAGUGAGUAACUUCUUAUAUUCAAGUGACAAAAUUUACCAUCAAGCCCAUCUGAUGCCACUUCACUAGAAUGUUGAUAAUUCAGUGUGAAACCAGUUGGGCACAUGUAAGCUGAUAGCAUUUCAAUAACUAAUAAACAUUUUAAUCAUUUAGAAAGAAAGAUUUUAGGGAGCACAUUCAGCAGCAAGAUAAUUGUUUGCAGUUAGAAAAUUUAGAAAAUAUAUAUUAAUAGCUGAAGCAAUGUUCUAACUUCAGAACAGAAUUUAGAGAAUAGAAUACAGACUAACAAUAGGUUGACAAGUAUUGGAUUGGAAGUACAAUCACUGAAGAACUGGAAGAGCAAAGCAAGUGUCCUCUCAUGUUGUAUGGUUUGAUACUCGUUCAUCAGCUGUUGUCCCAAAUAUCACUUUGAAGGACCUACCCAGUAGGCCUGCUGCAGCGUUCCUCCAUUCCUGUGUUCUUAUGUAUUAAGAUUCUCUGAGCUCCUCCACUGACACCUGACAAUAGACUGAGUUGUAAUUUUUAUUUUAAAGUAAAAUUUAGAUUUGAAAUAGUUUACCAGUAUUUAGAAAGCUUUAUCAAGUAAAGGAUGACGUAAAAGGUGUAAAAUGUUACAAUUUUUUUUUUUUUUUUUUUUUUUAAAUUGACAAAUAUCUAGUAAUUGUUUUUGAUAGUGCAAAUUGGUUGGCAAAGUAAUUAGGAAUGUUUCAGCUCCUCAUCUGAAAUAAAUUUUUGAUUCUUAA